GCUUCGGUAGCUGCUGGCCUCUCGUCUGUGCAUUCCCAUACACUGGAACACGAGUGGCAUUGCCGGUUGAUCGGAAUCGUAGUGGACGACCUGAUCAAUCAUGUGCGUCAUUUCCCCCUUCAGGCUUUCUACGAGGAUGAUCAAUACAACACGGUAGUGUGCAAUCUAGUGUUCUUGCGAGGUCUGUGCCCUAGUCUCUCAUCCGUUCUGAACCCUAGCCGUCCAUCCGCAACUGGCGGUUCGCUGAACUUCAACUCCAUUUCCGGUCCUGUUCCCGUUCCGGGUCAUUCGGAUGGUGCCUGUACGGGCUCUGCCCUCAAACUUGUAGCCAAAACUCUAUUGGCACUUGUCAAUGUGAAUGUGGCCACGAAAAUCCAUCCGGACAGUCUUCUCACUCCGGACCAAUUCACCGAUUAUCGGAAGCGAUUGCUCGAAGAGUUCUGCAUGGCACUAACUUCUCCUUUACAACCAUCCGAGAUCACUCAGCUUGAUCAGUUGUACGAGACAGAGUCAUUUCGUGCCAGUUGUCAAUCUCUCAGUCGUGAAUUGGCCACUCUUGCGAAUCACUUCUUGGAGGAGCUGGAACACAAUCAUUCCCAUCACCAGCACCCGUCAGUCGGACCAUGUUCCUUAUCUACCGAAUCCGGUGGGACCAGUCAAACAAGUGGACAUGAGUUUCGCCCCUGGGAGUGCUCGUCACCUCCUACAUGUCCUCAGAUUUAUGCAACUCUGCGCGAACUCGAGGACAGGACAAGACAAUUAAUUCACGGUCCUCGAUCAGUGUGUGCGUUGCACAACUGA